GAAAAGCUGUUGUAUUCUCUUCAGAAUUUUCAAACUUUGUUGAACAAAGAGAUACGUGGCAUAAAAGAAAAUGUCGAUCGGCUUAAAUUGGAACAGCUAACAUUGCAUAAUCAAUAUGUUAGCACCGUUCAAGAUGUCGAGAAAAUCAAAAGCAAGGUUGCUAAAAUGGGUACUACUACUAGUGAGACCCCUUAUGUGUUUUAUGCUCCCAGGAAAAAUCCGUGGUUCGCUGGUCGUUUAACUGAAAUAGAAGACUUGGCAAGUCUUCUGCAAUUAGAUCAAGGAACUACCAGUAAACCUAAAGUAAAUACUGCAGCUGUGUGCGGUUUGGGUGGAGUGGGCAAAACAAGUUUGGCUACCGAGUAUGCGCAACAGAGGAAGGAUUUCUAUACUGGAGGUGUUUAUUGGUUCUCUGGUGAAGACAACACUACGUUUGAAAACAGUGUUUACGAUGUUGCUACGCGCUUCGGGACACAAAGGGAUUCAUUCGGACUUACCUUUUCGGCUACACUGGAAAUGAUAUCUCGAAAUAAGAAUCCGUGGUUGAUCAUUCUUGAUAACAUGGAUCAGUCAAGUCUUUCGUCCAAUGUUGUUAAGCUGGUAUCUGGACCUUGGCAACAGGAUGCGUCCGGUCACCUUGUAAUUACCACGAGAAGAAAGCCUACUGCUUUAGCCAACGAUAUCAGAGAUUUCGACGAGAGAUGUGUUCUAAGCCUUAAAUGUUUUGAAAUUGAAGAAGGGAAGAAAUUUCUUUUCCGCAGAGUUGGAACCGUUCACGACGAAGAAGUGGAUAGAGUUGCUGAGAAAUUAGUUCAACAGCUUGGUGGGCUACCUUUAGCUCUUGAGCAAGCCGGUGCUUAUAUCAAAUCACUGCCUUGUACAAUACCUCAAUACCUAGAGCUUUAUGAGAAGCAGCAUCUUCGUCUUCUUAACCGACAAAAGGCAACGCCUGUUUCAGUUUAUGAUUCGCCUGAGAGAUUAGCUGUUCGUACAACGUGGCAUCUUAAUUUCGAGCACAUCAAACAGAGUGUUGACGAUGGAAAGUCUGCUGUUAGAUUUCUCUACGCAUCAGCAUUUUUAAAUCCAAAUGAGAUUCAAAAAGAUAUUAUCAACAUUGGUGAACCACCUGUCGAGGACGAAGAAUUUAGUGAAUGUGUGAAGACAACUUUGGGGCGUCAACAAGUCGUGAAACUGUUAACAGAUUUUUCACUUUUUAAGGAAACUUUAUCUUCCAACCUUAACGUGCACCAGUUAGUACAGGAGGUCAUAUUGGAAAAUCUUAAUCAAGAAGAGGAACUCCAAUCCAUUAACGAUGCCAUUCGUAUGUUACAUUAUGCUUUCCAAAAUUGUUCCUCUCCUGACGAACUUCUUUCAAAUGAAACGGAGGAACGACCGUCUAUUAUUUGUGGUGAUCAGUCGCGUUUUUACAACUGGCAUAAACUAUGUUUACAUAGUUACGAUCUGGUAAGACAUUUGAAGAGAAUGUUCAAACUGUCUAACGUCGAUUGCGUGAAGAUAUUUCUACCUGAAACAGCUAGAAUAGUGUACGAAUGUGCUGUUCAUUUGAGUGCUAACUCCAAGCACGAUGAAGCAAAAGAAGUAGUCAAUUUUGCCAUUUGUAUCUUUAACUUAAGCAAUCAGCAAAUUCCUGCAAGCUCCCUUUUUCCUCACACUAUGCCUCUACCCGAGUUAUUUCGCCGGCAAAUACAGUAUUCAUGCAAUACACCAGCAAGUACCAUGAAAGAUGAUUCUAGAGACGGUGUGGAAAUGCCAAUCCCUUCAGUUUCCUCUGAACAGUUGGAAGAAAUGCGAAUGAAAGGAAAUGAUUUGUUUAAAAAUGGGUUUUACAAUGAUGCAUUAAAAAUCUAUUCUGAGGUAAUUGACAUAUCAAAGAAUACAGCUUUCUUUGAUGUUAUGUUGUUAAGUAAUCGAGCAUCGGUAUAUCUUAAGCUUGGGCAAUAUGAUGAAGCCUUGCAAGAUGCAGAAGAAUACAUUUUACAACGCCCAAAAUGUUGGAGAGGUUAUGCGAAAAAGGCACUGGCUCUUAUUGAGUUGAAGAAUAUGCAGGAUGCGUGUGUUGCAGCUUCGAUAGCAUAUUACUACGAGAGGAAUUUAUUCCGUGAUUUUGAACCUUUUAGGAGAAUAUUUGGCUCUUCAAUGGAGAAGCGUCUGUUUGUUUGCCACGAUACCUUAAGUUUGUCAAAAGCCUUGUGGAAAAUAAGAAUUUUGGAUCACUGCCGGAAUCUAUCCAGAAACAAUUCUGAAGGUUUUCCAGUUGUCAUUCUAGAAAACGGUGAUUACCUUGUGUCCUCGCACACUAUUGAUUCCGACCUGUUUGGUAGUUAUGGUAAGGUACGUAGUCUUACCAUUAAAAACUGCAUUCUUGUAGGCGGUGAAGGUGAAUGUUCGAUAACAUUUGAUGAUAAUCACUGUGUAGGUUUUGGUGAAGUUUUUAUGGCUUACAAUGUUAGUUUUCGUACUCGCUUUUCUAACUGUCAUUUUCUACCUGACUCAGUCGUGAAACUCACUCAUUGUUCGUUUGAGAGUUCCAACAAUUCUUACACUUCUUUUUGUUGCUAUGGUGAAUUGAAAGUCGAUUCUUGCAAGUUCUAUAAUUGCACCAAAGGUGGGCUGCUGGUUGUAGGUGACGCAGAGGUUGAAAAUUCAACGUUUUUUGGCAAUGAAGUGGCUUUAGAAGUGCGGGAGGGAGGACGUUUGCUUGUCAGAAAAAGUAGAAUGUACGGCAAUAAGCGGCAAGGAUUGCUUAUUGGUCCAAAAGCAAGCGAAUGUGUUGUGGAAGAUUGUGAGCUUUAUGACAACGAGUUGAGUGGUAUUCUUGUUGUUAAUUGUGCAUCUGAUGUGAUAAUAAAGGGGAACCGUAUUUAUGAUAACGACGAGCCUGGGAUAUCAGUGAUUAUAAAUUCAAAUGUAUCUAUAAUUGAGAACAAGAUCUUAAAAAACAAUCAUUGGGGCAUACUUUUAACUUCCAGUCGGGCUGUCAUAAAGGAAAAUAAAAUCCAUAAUAACCAGUGCGGUGGCAUUUUUUUACAAACCAGUUGUUCGAGCGGGAGGUCUGUUAUUGAAUACAAUGACAUUUGUAAUAAUUGUGGACCUGGGAUUUGCGAUCAUGAACAGUUAUCUAAAGCCAGUGAAAAUAAGUUUCAGAAUAACAAAGAAAAGAGGAAUCAAUCAACAGCACAAAGUGAAGCCAAGUUAUGCUACUACUGCAAAAAGCCUGAAAACAAAUUGAAGCAAUGCACCAAUUGCUUUACGGCUCAAUACUGUGGAAGAGAAUGCCAGAAAAGUGAUUGGAAAAACCACAAGAAGGUGUGUGAUCGCUUUUUAUCUGAUGGAAGUAUUGUUGUAAACUAUGUUCGAAAACCAAUAAUGACGGAACAUUUAUCUCCUAAUAAACACAUUCCAUUUAAGACAUCAGAGCGAGCACCAGGCCUUCUUCCCGUCGGUCCACAAUACUGUCCGCCACCAGAUACGACGACAAGGUUUAUCGUGAAAGUAUCCUCGGCCGAAAUGGACAGGGGUAGAAAAGAUUUCAACCCUUCCGUUGUUCGUCUGUACGAUCGCAGUCUGAAGAUAGAUGGGAUUCUGACUGACGCUGAUCAAAUUCACCAACUUGCCUGGCAGCAUGGCACAAUGGGUCAAUUGUACAGCUCCUUUAAAAAACUGUUCAUGUGGGCUAAAGGCCCCGAGCAUGGGAAACUUCGUGUUUUUACUAACGAGUUUCCUCCAUAUCAACACUGGUGA